GGGCCCAUCAUCAGUUGCGCUGAGUGAGCCGAGCUGAGAGAUGCGCGUUCACUGAGCCGGGGGAAGGAGGACCGCUGCCUUUCCCUCCACCGCUCCUCACUUAUAAUAACCUCCUCAUCAUCACCAGCAUCAGCAUCUCACCGCCCCGGGCAGACUGUAAUUAAAAAUACAACGGUUUCUGGAUGGAAUUUUGCUUUGGAUUAUUAUAAUUUGAUAUAGCCUACUUAUAAAUAGGCUUUAUCCGUCGGAACAGUCUGCAAGAAAAGUUCUGUAAAGGUGUGUCCGAAGCUGGAGAUCAAACCAUGGGGCACGGAACUGGACCGGCGAUGAAGGUCAUAUGCUUCAAUCCAGGAAGUCGCCUCAAAGAGAAAUCGCAAGAUGCAGCUCUGAAUCACUGACACAACACAUCAAGGAUCACCUUCAUCCUAGCACUUUCACCUGUCCACUUUGUGUGGAAAUUUGAUAUUUUGCCCAUAUAUCUCUGCAUAGACUUGGCUGAGAGAUUAGAUUCUGUCCAUUAUCAACAUUAGAUCUGCCUCAAAAAAAGAAUAUUUCAUUCUCUGCUUGACUGUAAAAUUGUCUAUGUGGAAUAUAACAUUCAGCAGAUAAAUCCUGGAACACAGCCAUAAUCAGAUGUUAUUAUCACUUUGAGGAUCUAUCCCCAGUUCCAACCCUCUACUGGUGCACCGUGUUAUUCUCUACAAUGAAUCCCAACAGCCUACCUGGGCAUGUCCUCUUGCUGCUAAGUACUGUGCUGGGCCUGAGUGUAGGCUUGGAGUUUACUGGCUCUGAUGGUCAGUGGGCUCGCUACCUGCGCUGGGACGCCAGCACCAGAAGUGACCUGACAUUUCAAUUCAAGACUUCAGAAUCGGAAGGCCUGCUGCUCUACUUCGACGACGGAGGAUACUGCGACUUUCUGCUUCUCACAGUCUCUGAGGGUAAGCUGCAGCUUCGUGUCAGCAUCGACUGCGCUGAAACCACCAUAACCUCUGAUAAAAUGGUCAACGACAGCCGCUGGCACUUUGCUGCCAUCAACAGGCACAACUUGCGGACUGGCUUGGCCGUAGAUGGCCAGACCAAGACAGAGGAGGUGCGGCCCCAGCGUCAGUUCAUGAAGAUUGUUAGCGACCUCUUCCUUGGGGGGCUCCCGGGGGACAUCCGUACAUCUGCCAUAACCCUGCCCUCUGUCCGUGAGCUACCACCAUUCAAGGGAAUUAUUCAGGACUUCAGUUAUGGGAGUAAGCUGCCCACACUCAUCAAUAGUCAGAAGGUACGCUUGGAGAUGAUGGGCCUUUGCACAGAGAACCCCUGUGAGAAUGGUGGGAUCUGCUCCCUGGCAGAUGGAGAAACCUACUGUGACUGCUCCAAAACUGGAUAUGUAGGUCGAUACUGCACUGAAGCAGUCCAGAGAAAACCAGGCCUCGCACACCUGAAGGCAGAGCAAGCGAGAGAGGAGAACGUGGCAACCUUCCGUGGCUCGGAGUACUUCUGCUACGACCUGUCGCAGAACCCCAUCCAGAGCAGCAGCGACGAGAUCACGCUGUCCUUCAAGACCUGGCAACGCAACGGCCUCCUCCUCCACACAGGGAAAUCUGCAGACUAUGUCAACCUGGCGCUGAAAGACGGGGCAGUAUCGCUCGUCAUCAAUCUGGGUUCCGGGGCCUUUGAGGCCAUCGUGGAGCCAGUCAAUGGAAAAUUCAAUGACAACGCCUGGCACGACAUCAAAGUGACACGCAACCUGAGACAGCAAUCAGGCAUUGGACACGCUAUGGUCACAAUCUCCGUUGAUGGGAUCCUCACCACCACUGGCUACACCCAGGAAGACUACACCAUGCUGGGUUCUGAUGAUUUCUUCUACGUGGGCGGGAGCCCCAGCACUGCCGACCUGCCCGGAUCUCCAGUUAGCAACAAUUUCAUGGGCUGCCUCAGAGAGGUGGUGUACAAGAACAAUGAUAUCCGCUUGGAACUGUCCCGUCUUGCUCGCAUUGUGGACCCCAAGAUGAAGCUCCAGGGUGACAUUGUUUUCAAGUGCGAAAAUGUCCCCACCCUCGACCCCAUCAACUUUGAGACCCCCAACUCCUACCUGGCCUUGCCGAAAUGGAACACCAAACGCGUGGGAUCCAUCUCCUUCGACUUCCGCACCUCGGAACCCAACGGACUGAUACUUUUCACCCACGGUAAGCCCCAGGACCGACGAGAUGCAAAGGGCCAGAAGAACAACAAGGUGGACUUCUUUGCGGUGGAGCUGCUGGAUGGAGGGCUGUACCUGCUGCUGGACAUGGGCUCUGGGACCAUCAAGGUCAAAGCCACGCAAGCUAAGGUCAAUGACGGCGCCUGGCACCAUGUGGACAUCCAGAGAGACGGUCGCUCAGGCAUCAUCUCAGUAAACAGCCGCCGGACACCUUUCACAGCCAGCGGGGAGAAUGAGAUCUUGGACCUGGAGGGGGACCUUUACCUAGGUGGUCUACCUGAUAACCGGGCGGGUUUGGUGCUCCCAACUGAGCUCUGGACCGCUAUGCUCAACUACGGCUACGUGGGCUGCGUCCGGGAUCUGUUCAUCGACGGACGAAGCAAGGACAUCCGGCAGAUAGCUCAGUCCCAGAACGUGACCGGCAUCAAGCCCUCCUGUAAUAAGAUGACCGGGAAACAGUGCGACAGCAACCCCUGCAAGAACAAUGGGGUGUGUAAGGAAGGAUGGAACCGCUUCGUCUGUGACUGUACCGGGACUGGCUUCUGGGACAGUACCUGUGAUAAAGAGGCUUCGAUCCUGUCUUUCGAUGGCAGCAUGUACAUGAAGGUCGUGAUACCAAGUGUCAUGCAUACAGAGGCCGAGGACGUCUCUCUCCGCUUUAUGUCCCAGAGGGCGUUCGGCCUGCUCAUGGCCGCCACGUCCCGUGAGUCGGCUGACACACUGAGGCUCGAGUUGGACAGUGGGAGGGUCAAACUGACGGUCAACCUAGACUGUGUCAGGAUAAACUGUAACACCAGCAAGGGCCCUGAGGUUCUUUAUGCCGGACAAAAGCUCAACGACAAUGAGUGGCACUCAGUACGAGUGAUCCGCCGCGGUAAAAACUUCAAACUCACUGUGGAUGACGACGUGGCCGAAGGCCAGAUGGCGGGUGACCACACCCGUCUGGAGUUCAACAACGUGGAGACCGGCAUAUUGACUGAGAGGCGCUUUGUCUCUUCCGCUCCCUCCUCCUUCAUAGGGCAUCUUCAGAGCCUGAAGUUCAACGGCAUGCAGUACAUCGACAUGUGCAAGAACGGGGACAUCGACUACUGCGAGCUCAAUGCCCGUUUAGGCUUGCGCUUCAUCAUCGCCGACCCUGUGACCUUCAAGACCAAGGGCAGCUACCUGGGCUUGGCCACUCUGCAGGCCUAUACCACAAUGCACCUCUUCUUUCAGUUCAAAACCACCUCGCCCGACGGUUUCAUCAUCUUCAACAGCGGAGACGGGAAUGACUUCAUUGCUGUUGAACUGGUCAAAGGGUUUAUCCACUAUGUGUUUGACCUGGGCAAUGGGCCGAGUCUGUUGAAGGGCAACAGUGACAACCCACUGAACGACAACCAGUGGCAUAACGUGGUCAUCAUACGGGAUGUCUCCAACACGCACACGCUCAAGGUGGACUCAAAGUCAGUCACCCAGAAUGUCAACGGAGCCAAGAACCUCGACCUUAAAGGUGACCUGUUCAUCGGAGGUCUGGGACCCAACAUGUACCAAAACCUCCCUAAGCUGGUGGUUUCGCGGGAGGGCUUCCAGGGCUGCUUGGCCUCAGUUGACCUCAAUGGCCGCCUGCCAGACCUCAUCAACGACGCCCUUUUCCGCAGCGGGCAGAUUGAGCGUGGCUGUGAAGUUGGUUUCACCAAAGCCGACCUGCAAGGCCCAAGCACGACCUGCCAGGAGGAUUCGUGCGCCAACAUGGGUGUGUGCAUGCAGCAGUGGGAGAACUUCACAUGUGACUGCUCUAUGACGUCUUACACAGGGACUCACUGCAAUCGACCGUGAGUACCGCCUGGUUUAUGACUUACCUGCACUUGA